UAGGUUAAAAAUACCGAAAAUACACGCCUGGUGCUCCUUUUCUCUCUCUUGACAUCAGGCUAUUUCUUCUAAACCCAAAACAAAUUUCAUCCUUCACACGUCUCUCUCUUCAAGGAUCAAGCAGCCACCGAAUCUUUUUCUGGCGAGCGUUGGAAAACCUUCUUACCUCUGUGGUUUCGUACCUCCAUUUUACCUCCGGCGAAGUUGAAACUCUGAACGGCGCCGAUCCGCCGUUGAAAUGAACCAGAGUCAGAGUCAGGGGGGUCAGCAAACGAGUGAAGGAAGACACGAAGAUGACACUGCCCUCGCCGAUUUCCUUGCUUCCUUAAUGGACUAUACUCCCACUAUUCCAGAUGAAUUAGUGGAGCAUUACUUGGGUAAAAGUGGUUUCCAAUGCCCUGACGUUCGAUUAAUAAGGUUGGUGGCAGUUGCCACACAGAAGUUUAUUGCAGAUGUUGCCACUGAUGCUCUCCAGCAUUGCAAGGCAAGGCAGUCAGCUAUUGUCAAGGAUAAAAGAGAUAAGCAGCAAAAGCAGGACAAACGACUUAUCUUGACGAUGGAUGAUCUUUCAAAAUCUCUACGAGAGUAUGGUGUGAAUGUCAAACAUCAAGAAUACUUUGCUGAUAGCCCGUCUGCUGGGUUAGAUCCUGCUUCAAGAGAGGAAUGAUGUAUUGCCUGCCUACAAAUCUCUGUAAGCACCUUCAUCGUCUUCUGAUGGUUGCGAGGGCAUUGUCUUGUCAUCUUCUAGAUAUCUCUAAAGCUAUAUAUGUGUUGAAGGAUACAACUUUUGACUACUUUGUAUCUGAUUUACUUAUCAAUGUUAGCUGUAGUUGCCACAAUUGUUGGAUUGGUAGUUUUGAGGUUCCUUUCGUGGUAGCAACAGGAAGAAUAUCGACAAGUAGUGCAGGAGCUUAAAUCAGCUUCGGACUGGUUGAUGAAUGUACACUAUUUGGUCUAAUUCCAUGUGCAUAAUUGAUAAGAAAGAAUCCAUUGGUUUAUCAUCA